GCAUGGUUUUGGUUUGACAGGUAAAACUUUGAUUGGAUACAUUUUUGUCUUUCUGUUCCUCAAGGAUUUCUCAAUUUCGCUGUGAAAGGAACACAAAUCUGGGCAGCGUUCUGCUUUCAUUACUCAUGUUUAUUACGGGUGGGACAUUUUUCUGUUUACAGGCAUCCUGUUUUGUUCUCACUGAAAAGAAGACCAAAACCAGCAGGUUAAACCUUCUCUUUUUUUUAGCUUGGUUUCUAAUUGAAACAAAGCCCAAUAUGGAAAAGUUCUAGUACUAAGACAAUCAGGUUUUGUUUUUUUGCUUUAGUUUUUAUAGCCAGCCAAUUUUAAGUGGCACAGGAAAAGAGGAAAUGACACGGGAAGAAGUUUUUCCUGGCUCAUCUGCGGUGAAGAGAACGUCAGCCUGAAGCAGAGUAAUGCAAACACAUAUGACCAAGACAUUCAAGAAGUUGGAGGAGCUGGAGAAGGUGACAUAGAUUCAAGAUACCCUGUUCUGCUGUCCAGAAAGUUUCCAGAUUUCUUCAGAAUCACUACUACUUUUCUCACAUUGUUGCAUAUUAUUUUUGAGGGAGUGGCCAAGUUUUUUUCAGGUUCACUGGAUUCUUUAAGCCUUUCCACUCUUUGUAAAUAGAGUUGAUUUAUUUGAUUGGUGUGGAAACCCCUGGACUGAUGCUGUGCAGAAAUGUGGGAACUGGGAUGCUGUGCUCUUCGAUAUUGGGAAAUGUAUUUCUGCUGUGUUUGAUUUUUUUGGGAUUUUGGAAGGCUGCUUUUCUUUCAGAAGGAGGACUUUCAGCAUUUACACACAGAGAAGAUGCCGCCACACAGUUGACGCUUUGUGAUUAACUCUUCUCGGCCACCACUCUUUUGUCUUUGACUGACUGCUGGUAACCAGUACAAUCAUUUACACUGGUUGUCAUGGAAAGCGAUGGUAACCACAUUAGCAUGGAUGAGUGGAUGCCUGAAUGGCCCUUCCAGUCAUCCUCUUACUACCAACCAUGUGGAUGUGCUGAUGGUGUGGGGAACUACGAUAUUGCAAACAAUGUCAAUAUUCCUGAACCCCCUGACUCUAGAUCCCAGAAUUCUUUGCGGCAGAGCUGGGAAAUGAACUAUCAGGAAGCGGCCAUAUAUCUGCAGGAAGGGCAGAAUAAUGACAAGUUUUAUACCCACCCCCGGAGUCCGCGAGCACUCGGCGCGUAUCUGUUUGCCCAUAAUCACCUGUUCUACCUGAUGGAGCUGCUGACUGGAGCUCUGCUCAUGCUCCUCUCGCUCUCUGAAGCCCCUGCAGUGCCCUCCCUCAGACUGGACGUCUAUGUUCAUGCAACUCUGGAGUUGUUGGCACUGGUGAUGGUGGCCUUUGAGCUGUGUAUGAAACUAAGAUGGCUUGGCUUUCACACAUUCAUACGACACAAGAGAACUAUGGUGAAGACGUGUGUGUUGUUUAUCCAGUUCAUCGAGGCAAUUGUGGUCCUGGUACGGCAGACGUCUCACCUGCGUGUGACUCGGGCUUUAAGGCCCAUUUUCCUCGUAGACUGUCGCUACUGCGGCGCUGUGCGCAGAAACCUGCGUCAGAUCUUCCAGUCACUCCCUCCUUUCAUAGAUAUUCUUUUGCUACUGCUCUUCUUUAUGAUCAUCUUCGCCAUCCUUGGCUUUUGUCUGUUUUCAACAAAUCCAGCAGACCAUUAUUUUAAUACCCUUGAAAACAGCAUUGUAAGCUUGUUUGUGUUGCUGACUACUGCAAAUUUUCCUGAUGUGAUGAUGCCGGCGUACUCACGGAAUCGCUGGUCGUGUGUUUUCUUCAUUGUUUAUCUCUCCAUUGAACUCUACUUCAUUAUGAACCUGCUUCUAGCUGUGGUAUUUGACACCUUUAACGGAGUGGAGAGGGUGAAGUUCAAAUCCCUUCUUUUGCACAAGCGCUCCGCUAUCGAACAUGCCUUCCAGCUGCUGGUUAGCCGUCAGAGGCCUGAUGGCGUCUCACUGAAACAGUUUGAUGGUUUGCUACGUUUUUAUCGACCACGAAUGAGUGCACGUGAUCGCUUCCUCACCUUUAAAGCCCUUAACCAAUCAGGAACUACCAUGCUCAGCCUCCAAGAUUUUUAUAAGAUCUAUGAGGUGAUGGGCCUGAAGUGGAAGGCUCGGCGCAGCGGGGAGCAUUGGUUUGAUGAUCUUCCUCAUACAGCCUUCCUCAUUUUCAAAGGGAUCAAUCUUGUGGUAAAAUCCAAAGCUUUCCAGUAUGCGAUUUAUAUUGUUGUAGCUGUAAAUGGAGUCUGGAUCCUGGUGGAGACGAACAUGUUAAAUAGUGAUUUCUCUUGGUCCCAACAAGUACCGUGGAACUACAUGGUUUUCCUUACAAUUUAUGGCGUGGAGGUUCUGUUAAAAAUCACAGGCCUGGGCCCAGUCGCUUACUUCAGCUCUGGCUGGAACCUGUUUGAUUUCUCUGUGACUGUCUUUGCCUUUCUGGGGUUGAUUGCUCUGGCCUUCCAUAUGGAGCCUUUCUACUUUAUUGUGGUGCUGAGGCCCCUGCAGCUUCUGCGCCUGUUUAAAAUCAAACAACGUUACCGCAAUGUGUUGGACACCAUGUUUGAGCUGUUUCCCCGCAUGGCCAGUCUAGGUUUAACGCUCAUUAUUUUUUACUACUCUUUUGCCAUUGUCGGAAUGGAGUUCUUUGCUGACGUCAUCUAUCCCAACUGUUGCAAUACAAGUACAGUUGCUGAUGCAUAUCGGCAGAUCAACGUAACCAUCGGUAACCGCACGGUCCUGGAAGAGGGGUACUACUAUCUCAACAACUUCAACAACAUUCUCAGUAGCUUUGUAACCCUGUUUGAGCUUACUGUUGUGAACAACUGGUACAUUACCAUGGAAGGUGUGACAUCACAGACGACACACUGGAGCCGACUGUACUUCAUGACAUUCUAUAUUGUCACAAUGGUUGUGAUGACAAUAAUCGUGGCCUUCAUCCUUGAUGCCUUUGUCUUCCGGAUGAACUACAGUCGGAAGAACAGAGAACCGUUGGAUGAUCCGGAAGAUGAGAAGGGUAUAGUGUUUGAAGCGGAGGUGACUCGCGUUGAAGCUUUGCAAGCAUUGGAGCUUUACAAGCACACACUCGUUGGAACCAACAUCAGCUCCCUACAGGAAAUGUGUGUUGCCAUUGAGAAGAGUGGGCACCCUAGUUUAGUGUUCCUGGGUCGAAGGUCACGGACUAAAAGUGAUCUCAGCAUGAAGAUGUACCAAGAAGAGAUUCAGGAAUGGUACGAAGAAUAUUCCAGAACCAAUCUACCUCAACUUGACAGUUCGCUUCACAGAGACCUUGACAGCCCUGAUCCCUCACAGAGCGUCAACUAACACACCACAGUAACACAUGCUGCACUGAUGCAUUAGAUGCUAUUUACUCACACGUACUUCUAACAGUUUUUCAUGGGCCUUCAUUCAUAAAGAAACCUUCCAGUCAUGCACAAAUGAAGGAGUUUGCGGUUGGUUGUCUUCCUCCACCUUUUAAUGGAAUGCACUGCCUAGCCGGUGGCUACAACCCCUUCCUGUAUUUUCCAUCUGCUUCCUGGUCACUUAAUACCAUGGAGAACAUUCGCCAGUAGGAAGCCUUAAUUGUCCCUCACAACCUUACACUUUUGCGACCAAUCAGGGAAGCUUGAAGACCAGUCAUGUGAUUGCACUAGGGUCCAAGAACUGUUUUUGUUUUCUCAUAUUAUCCCUUCUUCUGGAAGCACAUCCGUUAACUUUUAGGGCAUUCUCCUGAAGGAUAACCGGACCAGCCCUAGUCGAAUAUGAGUCUGGAUUAAAAGUGAGUGCAGCGUUUGGAUUAUUGUGGUGUUGUUUUUUUUUCAGUGUUAAAUCACUUGGAAUUUAACACAUCAGUUCUUAUUUAUCUGAGACGUUGGAUGUAGAGCACUUGUGUGUGUGCAGGACUGGGACCUGAGUUUGUUUUAUUACUGUAUAUACACACAGAGCCAACUGUGGUGGCCUGAGGCUCGUCUGUUUUCACCAUGUUAAGGCAUCCACCAGAUAUGCUGUCUGAUAAUACAGAAUGUUGUCACCUAUGAGAUUCAUUCACUUCAUUCAGUUUAUUUUAUUUUAUUUUUUAAGAAACUGGUCAGGAAAAAAAAUAAAAAAAAUAAA